ACAGUUAACAGUAUUUAUGUCCAAAAUUAAGUGUUAAAAUAAGUAAAAUAUUUGUAAAUGAAUAAACAAUGUGGAAUAAUAAAAUGGUUAUAUACUUAUUCAUAAAAAUUUGAAAUUUAUCAUUGUAAGGGCUUGAAAAAUUGCGAAAAACAUGUCACAAAACGGUUUAGCCGUAAAGGCCGAUUUUUUAGAAAUUUCUGAAUAUAAUUUUACAUGGCCCGGAGAAAAUGGAACGUUUCAUGAUUUUGGGAGUGUAAAUUACACAAUGCCAUCGGGACCAUGGUACUGGCCUUGGUGUCCAUUGUGGAGGAAUCCUCAACAUCCUUUAUUUCAAUUAUCCAACAUGCUUUUUGUGGCAUCGUACUGCGCUCCCAGUACUAAAAAGGGGCAACUAUGGAUGCACACGAUUUUAAUAUUUGGUUUCAUGCUGUAUUCAAUUUGGGCUUGGCACAUGAUAUGCUCGCCCGAUGCCUUCUCUUGGAACUUUGGCUUUAUGUUCCUUAAUCUGGCACAAGUCGUGUACUUGGUGUACGAAAUGAGACCAGUGAAAUUUGACCCCGAAUUAGAGGAGGUGUACCACACAUUGUUCGAGCCCUUUAAGGUCUCUAGAUUACAAUUCAAGCGAAUGGUUUCCCCUGACUUCGCUCAUGUGAUGUCGCUGCAUGCAGGCGAAGCGUAUGCCAUGCAGAAUCUCACCAAGACUGACCGACUGGGCUUGCUGCUGUCAGGAAAGGUAAACGUGAUGAGUGGCCACCAGUUUCUCCACCCAAUUUUGCCAUGUGAAUUUUUAGAUUCGCCAGAAUUCGAAUCCAGUAGAGCAACUAUCGACGAAAAAUUUAAGGUAUCCAUAGUCGCCGCAUCAUCCUGUCGCUACGUUUACUGGCAGCGGAGUUCUCUAGAGUAUUUAUUCGUGAAAGAGGCGUAUCUAGCGAGUGUGGUAUCAACGCUAAUAGCUCGUGACAUCACCACCAAAUUAUAUGCGAUGAACAACAAGAUCGUGACGGAGAGAGGUUCUCACUUGGACAUAAGGCUGCCGAGUAUCUCCCAUGCGCUGGCACGGAGCCCUCGGAGGUUGAGGUCGACCCAAGCGAAGCCGCCGCCCCCGACUACGGUGCAGCCCGUGCCACCUUUGAAACGACCUAAUUGUUGGGCACGCGAAACCGAUUAUCUCAUGGCUGCGGUGAAACGAAACGGCAUACCAAGUCCAUCGUACGAGGCACACGACGAAGAGCUAAUGCCGUUGGCAGCUCACGAGGCCCCCGCGGCGUCUUCAGAUGACCUGUCAGUAGCCGAUAGCUGCCAGGACACCUCGUCUAAAUACCAUAGUUGUGAGGCCGUUGAGACCGAUGAUGAACUGAAACAUUAA